AUGGAGCUAUCACCACCUUUGUAUGUCGAGCACGCACAGGGCAAGGAACGCUGGACCGCCGUCGAAUGCGACUGCUCACACUGUGAUCGGGUCGGCGCUAUCAACGUGCAUCCUCAAACAAAAUACUUCACCGUUACCAGAGGGAAGGAGCAUAUAGUGGAGUAUCGGAGUGCAGGAAAGCAGAAUCCGCACUAUAACUGCGGCAAGUGCGGCUGCUUCCUGUACACGGACCUGGCGGAGACUAUGAAGAGAAUGGAAGGACCGGAAGCAGAGGCAAGACUGGCGGUCAAUGUGAGGAUGUUGAAAGACUUCGACCGGGAGAAGGUGGCGACUAAGACGAUCACAAUUAUGAAAAGCCUUCCGCCCAAAUACGAGGUAGAUUAG